ACGUGUUGUUUUCAAGUUUUGGUUUCGGGCCCUAUACGUGUUCCGCCGCUGCUAUCUCCACCGUAAAACAAGACUCGGAACGACGACCGGUGCAGCAAGAAACCAUGGCUGUCGGAAAGGAAAACGUGGAGGUGGUGGAGAUAACCAAGCCCCGAACGGACACAAGAGACUACAAAAGAAUAGUCCUUCCCAACUCUCUUCAAGUUCUUCUCAUCAGUGAUCCUGAUACCGAUAAGUGUGCAGCCUCGAUGAAUGUUGGUGUUGGUUCGUUUAGCGAUCCUGAAGGUCUCGAAGGCCUUGCUCAUUUUCUUGAACACAUGCUGUUUUAUGCAAGUGAGAAGUACCCUUUGGAGGAUAGUUAUUCUACAUACAUAUCCGAGCAUGGAGGUCGUACCAAUGCGUAUACAUCCUCUGAGCACACCAAUUACUACUUUGAUGUUAAUGCUGACUGUUUUGAAGAGGCUUUAGAUAGAUUUGCACAGUUCUUUAUCAAACCACUAAUGUCAUCUGAUGCAACUACAAGGGAAAUAAAAGCCGUUGACUCUGAGAAUCAGAAGAAUUUACUCUCUGAUGCAUGGAGAAUAAAUCAGCUGCAAAAACAUCUUAGUGAAGAAGGUCAUCCAUACCACAAGUUCAGUACAGGGAACUGGGAUACACUUGAGGUAAAGCCAAAGGCAAGAGGGGUAGAUACAAGAGAUGAACUCCUCAAAUUCUACAAAGAAAAUUACUCAGCCAACCUCAUGAAUCUUGUUAUAUAUUCAAAAGAAAGCUUGGAUAAAAUUGAAAACAGGGUACUGAGCAAAUUCCAAGAAAUAAGGAAUAUUGACCGCAUCCAUCCGAGUUUCCCUGGUCAACCAUGCACCCCUGAACAUCUUCAGGUUAUUGUGAAAACUGUUCCUGUAAAACGUGGUCACAAGCUGAGAAUUACAUGGCCAAUGACACCUGGCAUUCAUCAUUACAUGGAAGGGCCAAGUAGGUAUCUUGGCCACUUAAUUGGUCAUGAAGGAGAAGGAUCCCUCUUCUAUGUCUUGAAGAAAUUGGGUUGGGCAACAAGCUUAUCUGCUGGUGAAUCAGACUGGACUAUGGAGUUCUCUUUCUUUAAAGUGGUCAUUGAAUUAACUGAUGCUGGCCAUGAAAAUGCUGAACUUAUAAUUGGGCUCCUUUUCAAAUACAUUACACUCUUGCAACAAUCUGGUGUUUGCAAGUGGAUCUUUGAUGAGCUUUCCGCAAUCUGUGAGAUGACUUUCCACUAUCAGGACAAGAUUCCUCCGAUUGAUUAUGUGGUGAAAAUUUCAUCAAAUAUGCAGUUAUACCCUUCAAAAGAUUGGCUAGUUGGAUCAUCUUUACCUUCCACUUUUUCCCCUGAAGUUAUUCAGUCUGCACUAAAUGAGCUCACACCAAACAAUGUCAGAAUCUUUUGGGAGUCAACAAACUUUGAUGGACAUACUGAGCUGACAGAGCCAUGGUAUGGAACUGCAUUUUCUGUUGAAAAAAUCACGGCUUCCACCAUUCAGGAAUGGAUGAAAAAAGCUCCUGAAGAAGACCUACAUUUGCCAUGUCCUAAUGUGUUCAUACCUACUGAUUUGUCAAUUAAGAAUGUGAAAGAAAAGGUGAAUAUUCCAGUUUUAUUGAGGAAAUCACAAUAUUCAAGAUUGUGGUAUAAGCCUGACACAACAUUUUCUACUCCAAAAGCAUAUGUUAAGUUGGAUUUUUACUGCCCAUUUGCUGGCAGUUCCCCUGAAGCAAAUGUUCUUACUGAUAUUUCUACACGGUUAUUGAUGGAUUACUUGAAUGAAUACGCUUACGAUGCUCAGGUUGCUGGUCUGUAUUAUGCCAUUUCUCACACAGAUGAUGGUUUUCAGGUGACUUUGACUGGAUAUAGUCACAAGUUAGAGAUCUUACUCGACACUGUAAUAGCGAAAAUUACAACUUUUGAAGUAAAAUCAGACAGGUUCUAUGUGAUCAAGGAAUUGGUCAUGAAAGAAUAUGAAAAUUACAAGUUUCAACAGCCAUAUCAGCAGGCCAUGUAUCACUGCUCGUUACUUGUAAAAGAUCGAUCAUGGCCUUGGACUGAUGAGCUUGAAGUUCUUUCUGUUCUUGAACCUGAACAUCUUUCAAGAUUUUAUCCUCAAAUUUUGUCAAGAAUCUUCAUAGAGUGCUAUGCAGCAGGGAAUAUUGAAUCAAUUGAAGCCGAAUUAAUGAUUCAACAUGUUGAGGAUGUACUUUUUAUGGGGACAAAACCAUUGUCUCAAGCUCUAUUCCCAUCACAGCAUCUGACAAAUAGGGUGGUCAACUUAGAAAAGGGUGUUACAUAUUGCUAUAGUAAAGAGGGUCUGAAUCCAAGUGAUGAAAAUUCAGCUCUUCUUCACUACAUUCAGGUACAUCAGGAUGAUUUUAAGUUGAAUAUCAAACUUCAGCUGGUUGCUCUUAUUGCUAAACAACCAGCCUUUCACCAACUUAGAUCAGUUGAGCAACUUGGUUACAUCACUGUGCUUAUGCAGAGGAACGAUUCUGGCAUCCGUGGAGUGCAGUUCAUCAUACAAUCUACAGUAAAGGGCCCUAAACAUAUCGAGUCAAGGGUUCAAGCAUUUCUCAAGAUGUUUGAGACUAAACUCUAUGAGAUGCCAGAUGAUGAAUUCAAGAGCAAUGUUAAUGCACUGAUUGAGGUGAAGCUUGAGAAGCACAAGAACUUGAGAGAAGAAUCCAGUUACUUUUGGCGAGAAAUCCAAGAUGGCACCCUCAAAUUUGAUAGGAAAGAUCAUGAGGUGGCGGCAUUGAAGCAGUUGAGCAAGGCAGAAAUGAUCCAAUUUUUUGAUGAACAUAUAAAAGCGGGUGCACCACAAAAGAAGGCUUUAAGUGUGCAGGUGUUCUCUACCACACACGCUACAGAGGACACAGGAGAUGCAGGCGAGGGCAAAAUUGUAAAUAUUGAAGAUGCUUUCAGUUUCAGGAGAUCGAGGCCUCUUUACGGGUCCUUCAAAGGAGGUAUCGGUCAUAUGAAGCUCUGAGGUCUUUUAUUUAUUUUCAAUCAACACAAUUAAAAGAGCUUGCUUGUUACAUACUAUUAAAUUAUAUGCACUAUAAUUUAUUCUCUUUUACUUUCAUAAUGACAUAUUUCCUUAUUUAUCUUUA